AUGUUGCGCUGGAUUUCUCUUGGUGUCCUCCUAUUACUUCUCAGUAAUACGCAUUCGCAGGAAGAAUGUUUUUCCAAUUGCACAAAAACACACAUUUUGACCGGAAAGUCUCAAGAUGCGUGUAAGGAGGGAUGCCGUUUGCAAAUAAUUUUUGCAUUCACUUUACCCUGUAAUAUCGCAUCAACAAAGCAAGCAUGUUACAAUGGUUGUGUCAGAUUAUAUACUGACAGCAUUAAUAGACAGGCUUGCUCAUUUGGUUGUGAUAACCAACAAGAUCUGAGAAAUUCUAGACUUUGUAUAUCGAUAACAAAUCAAAAUCCAACGUACGAUGUGGUUCGUGAGGCAGUGAAUAAAAUGAUGCAUCGCGUAAAGGAUUCACUUCCAUUGUUUAGUUUCGAAGACUUUGGUUUGCAAUCCUCUGGACGACGCGAGGAGCACCUUUGGGAAAAUUUAUUCUCCCAGUGGCAACUUCGCGUUCAAAAUGAGAUAGCUCGUUUCCAUCAGAUCGCUCAGAAUGUACUAAAUUUGCAGCGUGCACGAACUAUUAUUCCUGUAGUUGCUUCGAGCAGACCUCAUGGUCAUGAGCGGAAGGCUUUGGAAGGGCCAAACGUUGGCAAUAGUGAUGAUAAUGGUGAACAAAUCAUACAAGUACAGCCAGUGGAAUCCAAAAAUGGAGCCCAGCAAAUUUUGCGAGAAAUGGAAAAUCCAACUAUUGUAGAGGUCACGCAACCUCCACUUCUCUCUCGGCUGGCGUCACGAGCUCGUCGUCUUUCUGUACUCAGCCAGUGGCUAGUUUGCGUGGCUCUUUUUCUCUGUCUUGUUUCAAUGCUGUCAAUUUCGGUGGCAAUCUUGAAGCAAAUAAGAUCUCAAAGAUAUCUAAAUUUGAGAAAUAUGCAUGCUGUUGUGCCAACAUCCUUCACAGAAUCUCAUCUUGCAAAAAAAGUACCGCUAAAAUCAGUUGCUGUAGCAGUAGACUAUCCAUUGGUUCACGAUUCUCCUCCUCCAGCUUAUGAUCAAUUGUCAGUCCAUAGGAUGAAUCAUGAAGACGGUGAAAAUAACGCUGAACCGAAAGUUUAG